AUGGCCGUCGAAGCAGAAGCUGCUAAUCAUGAGAACAUUUCUCAACAUCUACAGGACUUGAUAUCUAAAAACUCAGAAUUGGGUUCGCGACUAUUAUCUUUAUUGUUGGUGAGUAGUGGUAAUUCCAAAGAGAUUAUCAAUGCUAUUAAUAAUGGUGACUUGCAAAGUGUCCAGAAUCUAAAUCUGGAGAAACUGAGUUCAACAGUAAAAAAUGCCAAGGAGAAUACAGAAGUUAAAGUGGAAGCUACCAGUGAUGAAUUGAAACUUCGACAGCUAGAGAAGAAAAAGAAGAAUACUGAAGCUUCAGCAAGAUUUAGAAUACGGAAAAAGCAAAGAGAACAAGAGAAAUUAGAAAAAUUGACAGAAUUGAAAAGUCAAAUAGAAACUCUAUAUACGAGGAUUGAUACCCUUGUGGAUGAAAAUAAAUAUUGGAAGAAGCGAUUACAAGAAGUUAACGAGAAGAAGUCUAAAGAUUUGCUGGACAGUAUCAAAAGAUCAAACCUCAGCAGUAGUUCAUAA